UUAUCUGCAGUGGUGAACGAGGAUGAGGACGAGGCUUUGUGAGAUUCUCCAUUUCUCUUCGGUUAAUCACAAUACCAAAUCAAUAAAUAAAAUAUACAAUUUAAAGUACUGAUAUGAACCGGUGCCAUCGAUCACUGACGGUGUUGAUCAUUUCUGACUCUUGACUCUUGAGAGCACCGUCUGCUAAGAUGAAGCAACCAGGAAGUGCUCCGUCUAAUCGUUGCUCAUAGCGAUGUCUGUUAUGAAACUGCUGGUCACCGCCCUGGGAAAAGCGACCGGGAUCUUCACUGUCGUAAUUGUUGUCGUUGCAGUGGUUCUGAAUUAUUUCGACGACCCCGUUCCGGUUAAAUACACCAGCAUGGCAGAGGACAUGAAGACUCUGGAGGAAAACUUCAGGCAGCAAAAUAAAAGCUGUUUCAUCCUCGGUGCCUCUGGGGAAACAGGCAGUGUGUUACUUCAAGAGCUGCUGGGGCGCAACAUCUUCUCCAAGAUCACUCUCAUCGGACGGCGACAGCUCACCUUUGAGGACAAAGCGUAUGAAAACCUGGUACAGGAGGUGGUGGACUUUGAGAAGCUUGAUGAUUAUGCUGCUGCCUUCCAGGGCCAUGAUGUUGGCUACUGUUGUCUGGGAACGACCAGAGCGAAAGCAGGGGCUGACGGAUUUAUCCGCGUUGAUCAUGACUAUGUCCUUAAAUCAGCUGAGCUCGCCAAAGCAGGAGGCUGCACACAGUUCCACCUGGAGUCCUCCAGAGGAGCCGAUAAAAACAGCAACUUCCUCUACCUCAAAGUCAAGGGACAAGUGGAAGCAGAUAUUGAGGCGCUGGGUUUUGACAGAUAUUCCAUUUACAGACCAGGGGUUUUGUUGGUGGACAGACAGGAGAGUCGGCCCGCCGAGUGGAUGACCAGGAAAUUCUUCGGUGCCCUUUCCUCCGUGUGCUCUACGUCCAUGUCCAUCCCAAUCCAGGCGGUGGCAAAAGCGAUGGCGUCAAACACUCUGCUUCAGCCUGAGCAGAAGACGGAGAUCCUGGAGAACAAAGCCAUCGCCACCCUGGGAAAGAGUGCAGGGAAAUAAGAGAGAGCAGGAAAUACACUGAGGUCAUUCCAGCAGAUGUAUAGAGACAACUACAUAAACAUAUUUAAUCAUAAUAUUGUAUUUGGGUUUCAUUGCUUUUGGUAUUAAAUUAUAUUAUAAUAUUUUCAUCAGGGAAUUAUUGCCAUUUGUGCUGAGAGACGAUGUACUGACCAACUGCCUUAAAGUAAAUGCUGAAGUCUAUUCUGCACUAGAUUGAAAUGAUGGAUGUCUUUUAUAUGUUUUCAUGAGAUUAUCAUCAAUAUUUCACUGAGGUGUGUGAUUUAGGAAAAUGUUUCCAUAUUGACUGUAUAAAUAAAUAUAAUAUCUAGUGUCUGAACUA